CGAACGUCAUUAUUGCGAGAUUUAGCGAGAGUCAUUUCUAAACAUGGCGACAACCGAAAGCAUGCCCGAACAAACGAAGCACGCUGGCAUUCCUCUGGCAGAAUUUGUGGAGGAUGUUGAUAGUUAUAUGCAGAGAGCCAGUAAUGAAUCUGCUGAAGUAGUUCUCAAGAGGCUUGAUGAGCAGCACAAUAAAUACAAAUUCAUGGAAUACAACCUCAACACCAAAAAAGCUAGGUUAAAGUCCCAAAUUCCAGACAUAAAAACCUCUUUAGAUAUAGUAAGACAUCUACAGUCUAGAAAGGAUUCCACUGACCCAGUAGAGACAAGGUUUUUACUGUCAGAUCAGGUUUAUGCGAAAGCAAAGAUUCCACCCACAGAAAAAGUGUGUUUAUGGUUAGGGGCUAAUGUAAUGUUGGAAUACACUAUUGAUGAUGCAACAAGUUUGUUAGAAAAGAACUUAGAUGCAGCUAGCAAAAACCUAACACAAGUUGAUGACGAUUUAAGUUAUAUUAGAGACCAAACAACAACGUUAGAAGUCAAUAUGGCGCGAGUUUACAACUGGGAUGUGAAGAGACGACAGGCAACACAGGGAGCUAAGUCAUAGUCCUCAGCCUCUCCGUCAAUUCCACGCCAAAGUUUCUGACCAGGCUGAAAAACCUUGCUCUCUUUCUGAUGACCAGCUUCAAAACUACCAAAUAUUUAACUUACUGUAAAAUUCCUUUAUACAAUGAAAACAGUUCAGCUGCUUAACAGUGUAACAGUUCCUAGGUUUUGAUGAAGAAAAUACAUUCGUGUAGAUUUGAUUGGGCAUUGACUUUGUGUUUCAGACAACAAGCAGAGGUUUACUGUUAAGAGUGGGUUUUUUUAUCAAAGAAAACUUAUCUGUUUUUCAGAAGUAUUUCAACCUAGAAAGAGUUUGGAUUGACUUUCAAAGACGGGAUCAAGAAAAAGUUAAAAUUUCAUAAAUAACACCAGUAAAUUAAAAUAAAAAUAAGUGCUCUGAAAAAACAGUUUUGCAGUUAGCUUGAACACAUAAUAGAGCUUAACCUUUUUUUAAAUUAUAUAGUGGAACAACUUUCCCCUGUUGUGUUAAUUAUGCUGUCUAUUUGUUUGAAGGUUAUAUACAGAUAUUUAUCAGUACUUCUGUAUUAAAUGUAAAUUGGAUUUUGAUACAUUAAAAAGUGCAAUAAAAUUUCGAAAUAACCUGUAAUCUCUACUUCAUCAAGCCAUUUUGAAUUCAAUAUGAAAAAGAAAAUCACGAUAAACAUUUGAAUACCAGAAUCAGGGGAACCAGUCAAUAUGGUUUAGCGCUUGUCACAGCUUUAGUGUUCAAAAUCUGGUUAAAUCUCAGCAGCGUGGAAUGAUCAUAAUGUUGGCAGUUAAUCAUGUUUGUGAACAAAAUGUCUUUUUAUUUCAUACACUUGAAAAUAAAUCCUUUGUAUCAUAUUAUAAACUGUGUAUCUUUUGUGAUGUUCAUUAUGUCAGUAAAACCACUGAAAUAAAUACAGUGAAGUGGAUUUCUUUUA